AUGCUUCGGAGGGCCCUCGAUCAGAGUAGGUUGCUCGCUUUGAUGUAUAUACGGGUAGGAAGAACUGAUAUACUGAAAUUUGAGAAGAUUCAGUUUUCAUUUUCACGAUGUAUCCAUAACAGACCUACCAAGGAGGACUUAGUUAAAGACAACAACAAUAACAUACACCCAGAAUCAAAUCAACCAAAGCCAAAUUCAAGCGAAGUACCAAAAGAGAUGCACGAGACGACUAAAUUAUCAUUUGAGGAGUAUCAAAAGAAAAUUUUACUCAAUCACAAGAAACACGCAGAACCCACCGAGUGGCAAAAGCGAGAACUUGCUAUAAAGAAGCGAUACGGAGAGUGGAAACCAACUAAGCGAUUGUCUCGAGAGGAGAUGGUUAAAGUUAAGGAAUUAAGUGAGCAGUUUCCUCAUUACAAGACUGCCGAUUUAGCAAAUAUUUUCCGGGUUUCUCCUGAGGCUAUUAGAAGAAUAUUGAAGUCGAAUUGGAUUCCUAAUGACACAGAUUUGGAUAAAUUGACUGCUAGAAGAGAGAGACAAAGACAAGAGAAGAUGGAAGUAGUACAGCAAAGGUAUAAUAAAAAGUCUUUAAAAGGUCCAAAACAGGAUAACAAAAGGAAAAGCCACAAAAAAGUAAUAAGCCUGAACUAUAAUUAUAUUGGUAGAAGAUUUUGA